UCUGUCUGUCUGUCUGUCUGUCUGUCUGUCUGUCUGUCUGUCUGUCUGUCUGUGUGUGUGUGUGUGGGAAGAGCGUGGAGGGCAGAGUGAUGGGUGCGGGCGGGUGCGGGCGCUGCCCGCUGGUGUUGCUGCUGCUGGGGGUGUGGGGGUUGGUGUGUGCGGAGGGCGGAGCGGAGCAGGACCGGCCGCGGCUGCUGGGGGGGGCGCUGCCCGCCGACGAGAACGAGGAGGGGGUGCAGCGGGCGCUGCAGUUCGCCAUGGGCGAGUACAACCGAGCCAGCAACGACAAGUACGGCAGUCGCGUGGCCCGGCUGGUGCAGGCCCACAGGCAGAUUGUGGCUGGGGUGAAGUACUAUCUGGAUGUGGAGAUCGGUCGUACAACGUGCACCAAGUCUGUGUCUGACCUCGCAAGCUGUCCCUUCCAUGACAGACCGGAGCUGAAAAAGCAAACCUUCUGCAGCUUCGAAGUGCUCUCUGUCCCCUGGCUCAGCAAAACCAAACUGCUGAAGAACAACUGCAAGGACAUGUAGGCGUGGACCUGCCUGUCCCGGCGGAUUCCCGUGCAGAACUACCACUGGCCGGUGGGUGCCUGCCGGUGUGGAGCAGUGAAUGCCCAGACCCUUGAACCGCCUUCCCCACCCUGCCGCCUCUCUGCUCUGAGUCUGCAUCUGGCAUGAGGCCGCCCCCCGACACCAUCUCUCUGGGCGAGCACAACGAAGAAACAAGGCCGAGCAAAGUUAAUUUUGGACUAGCUAAUGGCUUUUUCUCUGGCAGCAUUGCUUUUCAAAUAGUAUCUCCGUACAGGCUGGAAAAAUAUUUUGCAUAAAGAAUGAAACCACCUGUUGCUAAUCUUGUGCUGUAGGGAAUAAAUGAAAAUGAACAAGAA